AUGUAUUUGAAAGGCGAAGAUGUCUUGAAACAUAACACGAGGGAAAGCUGCUGGGUUAUUAUCCACGGAAAAGCAUAUGAUGUCACUGAGUUUUUGUCAGAACAUCCGGGCGGUUCUGGUGUCAUUCUCAAACAUGCAGGCCAUGAUGCUACCUUGGCGUUCGAUCCAAUCCAUCCAGCCGACACAUUAGAGAAGUACCUUGACCAGUCUAAGCAUCUAGGAUUGGUGGAUAUGAGUACAGUCCAGCAGCAAGAGGAUUCCAUCUUAGAAAAGUCUAAGAUAAUCGAAAGACAGCAAAUUAUGAAACGCAUGCCAGACUUAACAGAAUGUUACAAUCUAAUGGAUUUUGAGGCUGUAGCCAAGCGUGUGAUGAAGAAGACAUCCUGGAUGUAUUACAGUAGUGGGGCUGACGAUGAAGUCGCAAUGCGAGAAAACCAUUCGGCAUAUCACAAAAUCUGGUUUCGACCGCGCGUACUAGUGAAUGUGGAACACGUUAGCUGCUCAACAACAAUGUUAGGUUCUAAAGUGGAUAUGCCAUAUUACGUGACAGCUACGGCAUUGGGAAAACUGGGGAACCCCGAGGGUGAAGUCAUCUUGACAAGGGCAGCGAAAAAGUACAAUGUCAUUCAAAUGAUUCCUACACUUGCUUCAUGCUCCCAUGACGAAAUAUUCGAUGCUGCAGAUGCAGAUCAAGUGCAAUGGCUACAACUCUAUGUCAAUAAAAAUCGCGAUAUAACCAAGAAAAUUGUGCAACACGCAGAGGGUAGAGGAUGUAAAGGUUUAUUCAUCACUGUUGAUGCUCCACAGCUAGGUCGACGGGAAAAAGAUAUGCGAUCGAAACACUUUAAUUUCGAAUCCGGCCCUCAUCUUGAUACAGGACGGGAAGCUUCUGAAGGCGUGACCCGUGCAAUAAGUUCAUUUAUCGACCCCUCUUUAAAUUGGGAAGACAUUUCUUGGUUCCGCAAAAUUACUACAAUGCCGAUCGUCUUAAAAGGCGUACAAUGUGUUGAAGAUGUUCUCCGCGCUAUUGAGUCUGGUAUCCAAGGUGUAGUACUCUCCAACCAUGGCGGUCGCCAACUCGACUUUGCCCGACCUGGUAUCGAGAUUCUAGCUGAAGUUAUGCCUAUCCUGCGCCAACGAGGAUGGCAAUCUCGAAUCGAGAUUUACAUUGAUGGUGGUAUUCGUAGAGCUACUGAUAUCGUGAAAGCGCUUUGCCUUGGCGCGAAAGGCGUUGGAAUUGGGAGACCGUUUUUAUAUGCCAUGAGCGCUUAUGGACAGCUCGGUGUCGAACGCGCAAUGCAGCUGUUAAAGGAUGAAAUGGAAAUGAAUUUGCGCCUCAUUGGCUGUAAUGAUGUUCACAGUCUGAAUGAAUCACUCCUAGAUGCAAGGGGAUUAAGUACGCAUGGAACACCUGUUCCUAAAGACAUGUUGAGUGCUUCCAAUUAUGAUUCGUUAUCAUCUCCAGAGUGGAAACAAGGCCCAAUUUCCAAACUAUAA